AUGCCGCACAAACGAGCAAAGCGCUCUGUCAGGGAGAAAGACCGUUCGCAGUCAGGACUUAAUCUGCCUCCAGGUGCCCUCCAUGCGAUCGACCAUGAAGAGAUGCCCAAGGGCGCGGCCAGAAUUUUGAACGCCGCAAAAGUCCAAGCGGAGUACAGAAUGAAACGGAAACGCACACCGGACGAAGGUGCUGCUGACAGCGGAAGUAUUCCUCGCAAAAAGAGAAAAAGCGCUGCGGAGGAUGCGCGAGGGCAGACCAUGAAAAUUCAGCCAGGGGAGUCGAUGACCCACUUCAAUCGGCGGGUAGAAGAUUCUAUGCGAGGAGUAUUGCGCGAAGCCAUGAAAUCAUCAUCCGCUCAUGCUCGAAGAGCGAAAAAAGAACGAGUAUCCGAAAAAUCUUCACAAUCAAAUGCGAAAUCUAUCGCCGCGACACCACAAUCCAAGAAGUCAGAGAUAACGAUGUCAGAGUCAGACAACAAGCCCAAAUCCCCCGCCCUGAAGGAGACCAAAGCUGCCCAAAAAUCAAAACUUACCGAAUUCGCGCAUCUAUCGACAUCCACUCCCAAACGUCUCAAUGACAUUGUACAAGCACCUCCAGAACUGAAGAAACUGCCCCGCGGGGCAAAGCCACGAUUAUCAGCGACGUCGGGAAUAACGUUGGCGCAAGGUGCUAUUUCAAUGGCGCAGAAAGCCAUGCUGGAAGAGGAGCGGGAGAGAGUAGUAAAAUUGUACAGGGAAAUGAAGAAAGCCAAAGCAGGAGUAUAA